AUGGCUUCUCAUGAUAAGAUGGAGAGGAAUGAAAAAAAGACAAAUUCCAUUGGGGCUUCACUAAAACGUUUAGAAGCUCAAAUGGAACAAAUUAUUGAAGAGCUCAAUAAAGAGGAACUAUCAAGUCAACCUGAACAAGCCAAUUCCAUUACUACUAUUAGAAGAGGUGAGGUUGUCGAUAAUAUUACUAUGGAAACUGAAAGGAAUUUUUCUUCUUAUACAGGUACACCUAAAAAUGAUGGAUUAAUGAAUAAACCAGCUUAUGCAAAACUCUUUGAAGAGUUGAACACCAAUAAAAGGCGAUAUACGAACAACGAAAAAGUACAAGUAGCAAGUGUAAUGCUUCAACAUCAAUUGCCCAUUAAAGGUAGCUUCACCAUUUAUAUUACAAUAGGUGAUAAAAAACAUACAAAAGCUAUGUCAGAUUUGGAAGCAAGCAUCAACUUGAUGCCUUAUUCGAUGUAUGAACGACUUGGCUUGGGAGAGUUGAAGCCUACCACUAUGUCUCUACAAGUUGCAAACAGAUCGAUAAAAUACCCUAGAGGUAUAGUGGAAGACUUGCUAGUGCAAGUAGGUAAGUUAAUAAUUCCAGUUGAUUUUGUAGUACUUGACAUGGAAAAUACACCAACAAGGGAUAAAGAGCAAACCAUACUCCUUGGUAGACCUUUCAUGGCAACUACUAGAAUAGUGAUUGAUAUGCAUGAUGGAAAACUUACCUUGACAGUUUUAGGAGAAAUUGUGGAAUUUAAAAGUUUUCGUGACACUUUAGAUGUUCGCAUUAACAGUAUAAAGCCAUACUUAAAAGAAACGGCUUAUGACGAAGAGGUGGAGUGCGCGGAUGAACGCCCACCAUGA